AUGGACUUAGACAAUUGAGUCCCUUUUAAGUCUGAGUUUUACAAGAUAGCACUACGAUAUACUAUGAACUGGAAAUUAGAAACUGAAUUUAAAAAUGUAUUAUUUGCUAUCUCUCCAAAUAAAUACCUGAUUGCUAAACUUGUUAAUCCUGAUGCAUUAUCAAAUAAUUCUGGCUCUUUUGAUAUUCUCGUUGAUCGCCAGAUUACUAUUCACACACUUUCUGGCAGAUUACUAAACCCCCCCUCCAUGAGCGAACCAAACUAUAGGAAAAAUCCCUAAAAAAACACGCGAGCGGACAAAAAUUGAUAUAUAAGUGAUAAUUAUUAUAAUGAAAUCUCUAGCUAAUUCAAUUUAAUUUUAAACAGCUCCUAUUUAAAAACAUAAAUUUACAAAUUAAAUUAAUAUUUGCGAUAUUUCUAAUUUUUAAAUUUUGAAAAAAAUUCAUGAUAAUUAUAUAUAAUUUUUUUAGCUCACAGAGGGGGAGUAAGAAGGUAUGAAUGAGAUUUCACUAGAAAAUUAGCUUAUCUUAUAUGGACAGACGAUGAUACUGUGACAACAAUUUGCAGAAAUGGAGAAAUCGAUGUAUUUAGUGCUAAUGACGAUAAACCUUCAUUUCCCCCUCCAAUGUUCGGUAUUUCACCCUCAUCAAAUAACGAGAUCAUAGCUUGUGAAUUUAAUGAAAAAACUCUAUAUAUUCUCACAGCAGAAAACAAAUUUUACUGCUUAAGAAAUUUUCCUAAUUGCCAUAGCUUUGUGCCUGAGCCAAUUAUCACUGUCCCUAAACAAUACCAAAUCAGUUGCUUUACUAUUAUUCCACCUUUAUAUUCAUAUUCCGGCUUUUCAGAUAUAUACUGCGGAUGCUCUAAUGGAGGUAUUGUGAUAAUUGAAGAAAUGAAAUACAUAAAAUUCGUUGAAAAAUUCCCAAUUUCUUAUGAUAAAAUUGGAAGCUCUGCAAAAUUCAUAAAAUCAUCAGCAGGGAAAAAACUGAUUGUGGUUCUGGACAAUUUAGAAGCUUUUUUGAUCAAUUCUAAUUUUUCAGAUUCUGCAAGCAAAAUUGAGAUUGAAAAUAAAGCUAAAUUUAAACAAAUAUUUUGAAUUGGAGACGAAACGAUUGGUCUAGCUUAUUCAAACCGUGUAAUCUUGCUAAAUGGUGACUCAAAUUGUGUAAUCCCAUUUCCAAAUUCUCAAGAAGGGGUUUUUUGCUACUCAUUUUACGAUGAAAUAAGAAUUAGAUAGAUUAAAUCAUGAUUUAAGUUCCUAAGCAAAGCAGCAUACGCUUCACUGCUUAGCUGUGGGAAGGUUUCCUUAAGGAUCUUGAGCCUGGCUGAACUCCCCAAUUUAUCCUAAUCAUCUGCUCACCAGAUUUUGCUUAGCCUCCAUUCUAACCCAAAGGCCCUACUUUACACAAUUUACUUAGCUCAGCUAGAUCGCCCCUUUAUAUGAACCUUUUCAACUAGAGAAUGGAGAGACUUUCGCCCUCGUAGUCUUAACGAGCUUGUCUUUUCUUUUCCCCCAAUUAUCUUCAAAGGAAAAACUCACCAGCUUAUGCUAUUCUGGAUCGGCACCAAGUAAUCUAUACAAGUAAGCCUCUCUGCCUCUAUUGGACACCAAUCCGGGCUUGGGUACUGCAGGUAAAACUGCCACUCAAGCCACUAUCAGCAGAAAUGGUGCCGCUCUCACUUCAAGGCUAGCCAAAAUCUUUGGAAGCUCCUUGCAUCUAAAAACCGCAUUUGAAUAUACAUAAAGACACCCACCACGCGAAGGGCAGGUCACUCAUCACCAGCCAUUUUAUAUAUAUUGAAAUAAGAAUAAUCACAGGCGAUCUAUUUAUGUCAUGAGAAAAAGUUGGUAGUGUUCUUUAUAAUUCUUUAUCUAAAAAACAAACCCUUCCUUCUACUUUACUUUAUUCAGCUUAUGAAAAGCGUGAAAUCGAUAAGUUUGAGUCUGAUAAAAUCAUCAGCCAUCUUAUAAACACAGACGAAGUCAGCGACGCUAUUGAGUUUUUAUUACAAUUUGCGUGCUCAGAAGUCAAUUCAAUAAUACAAGAAAAACUUUUAAAAGCUGUUUGGUACGGUAAAAGUUUUCUUGCUUCAGGGACAUUUAACGAAGAAAGAUAUAGCACUAUUAGUGACCGAUUGAAAUUAAUAAAUAAAUUCAACGACGAAACAGUUGCAAUUCCAGUUACUUAUAAGCGUCUUAACUAUAUGCAAUCAAAUAGUGAUGAUUUCAUUAAAAAAUUAGUGUACUCUAAUAAUCAUCUAUUAGCUUUGGAGCUAGCAAAAAUAUGGAAAGCAAGACCUGAACGAAUUUUUGAAGAAUGAGCCUGCUCAAAGCUGCAAAAUUUAGCUUUUGAUGAUGACGAUAUGUAUGAAAUUUUAUACUCAAAAUUAAAACUCUGCCCAUCUGUAUCCUAUAUAAAUAUUGCUAAAAGUUCAUAUGACUAUGGAAGAAAAGAUUUACUCCCCCCCCCUCCGUGAGUGAACAAAACCAUUAGAAAAAUCCCUAUUUUUUGCCCAAAAACCCACCCUCCGUGAGUGAACAAAAAAUUUUUUUUAAUAGAAAAAUUUUUUAUGGAAAAAAAAUUUGAUAUAUAAAUGAUAAUUAUUAUAAUGAAAUCUAGAGCUAAUUCUGUUUAUUCUUAAACGAAUUGCUUUUUAAAACAUAAAUUUUGCAAAUUGAAUUAAUAUUUGCUUUCCAAUUUUUGCGAAUUAGGAUUUUUUUAAAUUUCGAAAACAAAUAUUUUUUUAUAAAAUUUAUAUAUAAAUUUUUUAAAAAAAAAAAAAAAUUAACCCCCCUCCGUGAGUGAACAAAAAUUUUUUGUUCACUCACGGAGGGGGGGGGAGUUAGCAAAAAGAUUCGUUAAUAAUGAAAAAAAAUUAUCAAGAAAAAUUCCUAUGUUAAUUUAUAUAAAUGAAAUUUUGCAAGCCUUGGAUCUUUCAAUAGAAAGUAAAGACCCAGAUUUAAUGUAAUCACUAUACAGCUAUCAAGUGAUUUUUAAAAUCCACGAAAUUAUCAAUAAAGCGAAAUCUGAUCCUGAAUUGCUCGAAAAUUCUAAUUAUUUAUUUGAAUCAACCCUCACAAAAUCAAUUUCUAAAGAAUUAUUUUUAAUUUAUAUUAAACAAGUGGAUGAAGAUUUAUAUUAUAAGUCCCUAACAUUUUUAAAGCGCCAAGAAGAAAUAGGCCAUCUGACUAUUAUAAAAGCACUAAAAAUGAAAAGAUUGAACCAAAAAAUUACUUAUUUUAAUGUUGCAAAAGAUAUUUAUGCGAGCUUGAAAAAUAAAUUCUACGAAAAAGCAAUGAUAAGACAAAUCCAGCUAAUUGAUGAGCAGAAAUUGUUAGCCAAAGCGACUGGAGAUUCAUCAUUGGUUUGCACCUCAAUCAGUGGGACUUUAUUCCAGUUAAUCUAUGGAGAUGAGCAUGCAAUGGUGAAAAAAUUCGCAAAAAGAAUGAAGGUAAAGGAUGGAUUAUUGUGAUGCAUCACAAUUAAAGCGAAAGAGUCUAAAGGCGAUUUUAUUGGGAUUGAAAACCUUUUGAAGCUUAAAAAGAAGCCACCUUCAGGAUUCAAGCCAUUUAUAAAUGUGUUUGUUAGGCAUAAUUAUUAUAGACUAGCAGAAGAACUGAUUAUGAAAGAAACAAAAGACCCUUUUUAUCAGUUUUCAAUGCUUGAGCGCAUUAAAAGUUAUACUAAAGCGGCAGAAGUGGCAAUAAAAAACAAAUUAUAUGAUCUUUUGCCUGAGCUAGUCGAAAAUUCGAAAGAUAGAGAAGUUGAGGUAUUCGUAAACAACGCUAUGGCCUUAUUAAAUAAGAAAUAG